CUCAUGUAGAGGAUGUAAUUUGGACUAAAGAGAAAGGGAGAGGGAGGGACAGAGAGAAAGGCACAGGGGGGGAGGGAGGAAAAGGGAGAAAGGGAGAAAGGAACACGGGGGGGGAGGAGAAGGGCGAAAGGGAGAGAGAGUCUCACAGAGGGGAGGACGAGGGAGAAAGGGAGAGGGGCAAAGGUACAGGGGGGAGCAAAAGCGAGAAAGGGAGAGGGGAGUGUGUUUGAUCUGAUCAUCGUUGCUCUGGGCGGAGAAGGAGUAGGAGUAGGAGGUCGCCUCAAGGGUUUACGAGCAGAGAAGGAAGAAGGCGGGCUCACAAGACAAGAGCCAGCGAUGGCCGAGAGACGCACGGGGGGGACGGCUGAGCAGUCGGGGAAUUAUGAGGAUGGGGAGGAGGAGAGGCGGCCUGUGGUUGAUCCGCAGCAAUUUGCGGAGGUGAAGACAUGGCUGCAGGAGGUGUUCCAUCUGGUGGGAAGAGAGGUUCCCUCCUUCGAGUAUACUCCAAGAACCAUAGCCGAACUUCAUCGGAUUUCCACGAUGUCGAGGCGCCGCACCAAGAUUGCAGAUAUCAUGGCUAAGGAUUUGCGCGAAAGAUCGGGAGAGUUCCGACGAGAAGCUGUGCGGCUGAAGGAGUUGUUAAAUGGAAUCGGGCUUGGUCAAGAGAACUUCUCCCAGGCUGCAAGCAACAGCAUUCAUGCUCUAGCUGCUACUGCAGAUCAUCUCGAUCUGAAAGACGCCCAAAUUAGCAGUUACUUUGUGGCGAUGGCGGAUCUGUCCCUCAAGAUGGCUGAAGUCCGUGAGAAGAGGGAGAAAGCACGCAGGGAAUCGGCAUCUAUGCUGGAUCACACACGGAAGGCUAUUGCAAGACUGACGCAGCUUAAGAGACUUUGGUCACAGUUGGAGGAGGAGGCAGCGAUGCAGAAUGGGCCAAUGUCUAAAUGGCAGGAGUUUGUGGGCAUGAUGGCAUCGAAAGAGAGGCAGUACAAACAACAGCUGCAGAAUUAUCAGAAUAUAUUGAUGAGGGCAGGGUACACGCCGGAAAUUGCUCAUGGAACAUUGCUAGAGGCAGCGGCAAGGCACACACAGCUUGUGAAGAGCACCGAGCCAGUUCUUGGGACACUGCGAAGUUAUCAAGAUCUUCCUCCUGUAUCGCACCUGCUGGUGGGUGCAGCUCCUGCAUGUUCCCUCGUUGGAGGCUUGAGCAUGGAUGUGGCUGCUACGGGGUUCCCCGUAAUACUAUAAUGACAAUAAAAAAGGCCUGAAAGGCCGUCCUGUCCAGAUUUGACAGAACGCGGCCAUACAUGCGUCGCGUCUGGCGGGAUGUACCUGCCUGGCACGUCGCAACAAAUACAUCCAAGCAAA